AUGGCGGACCCGACUGUGUGCGACUUCCUCACGAGGACCCUGUGCGCCUAUGGGGGCCGCAUGGAGCUCCGAGAACUGCUCGGUCACAUCGAGCUGUCCGAGUCGCAGGUCGUCGAGGUGCUGAGCGAAGCGGGCCCUGAACGCUUCAUGCUCCUGGAUCAGGGCCCCGGCACCAGCCCAGUAGUGCUGGCGACCACCUCUGUGCGAGUGUGCAGGCGCAAGGUCUGCGAGGGCCAAUGCGAGGCCCUGCACCUCUGCAAGCUGAACCUGUUGGACAGGUGCCGCUGUUACAAUAGCGAGAGGAUUUACUGCAAAUAUUCCCAUGAUAUCCAUUCAGAAAAGAAUAUCAGAAUCCUGAAAAAGCAUUCACUUUUUACACUCUCCAAAAAAGAGCUGGGUGUUCUUCUUCUCCAGAGUGACCCCUUUUUCCUGCCUGAUAUAUGCAAACACUACAAAGGAGAAAACAGGAAUGACUCUUGCACUAAGAAGACAGAGUGCCUGAGACUGCACAUCUGUGAACACUUCACUCAAGGAAAAUGUGGCUUUGAACACUGCAAUCGGUCUCAUAACUUGAUGGAUACCAAGGUCUUGGAACUUCUCAGAGAACAUGGGUUGACUGACUCAAUAAUUAUGAAUAUCCAGGAUAUUUAUAAUCAGAAGCAUGCCAAGAAUAAAAAGUUUACUUCCAGGAGAAAAGGCCUGUCAGACCAAAGAAAAAGAGGAAGUAGAAGCCAAAGUAGAAAUCGAUAUUUUUUCGAGACACAAGAAUUGGCUCCAUCACCUUCUGCCUUGGUUGGAACAGCCCACAUACCAGGACCAGAUAAAACAACUCCAGCACCACUGCCAUCCUUUGAAGGCAAAGCGAAGGAGAGCAGAACCACUACUUUGAGUAAAGAUUGUGCUCAGUCAGUAUCAGGAUCUCCUAAGACUUCCAAUACCCAAGAAGGCUGUCAAGCUGGAACAAAUUCAAGCUUUUCAGUGACUGGCCAUCGAGAAAGCCACUAUGGGAGCCAAGAUGGUUCCCAGCUUGCUGCCUCCACCUCUCCACCAUUUUCAACCGACAAAGGAUCCAUCCCUGUAAUGAGUAGUAGAGCUGAGAGAAAAAUAAAUAUGUUCUUUGGAAGUGAAGACGAUUCCUUCUCUGGUCCAGAUCUCAUAACCACUAGCAAAAGUGGAGUAAUGCCUUCCCACAACUGUGCAAAUGCAGGAGAUGACUUUGGAAAUCAAAAAGCCUAUUCUUCAUCUGUUCUCCCAAAAACUGUUCAUGUGCAGGGCAAAGGCAGCAAUCCUGUAGUGUUUUCAAAAUAUAAACCAACAGCUAAUGGAAAGAAAGAGGAAUCCUCAUGUAAGAGUAAGGACAACCAGUCCACACUGGUGAAUCCCCAAGUAGCUAAGACAGCAACAUCGAUAGGGAAAUUGGAAACCCCAAUUGAAAAUCACAGUGUUGCUAAUGUCAGUUCUACUGUGAGAUCAAGAACAUUCUGGAAUACACAUGAGCAGCAGCACAACCUGAACAAACUUGUUGAUGAAGCACUAGCACAUCAAGUUGAUGCCCUGAAUCUGAACUCUGCAAUAAUUGCUAAAAAGGACAGAAAAGAUCCCUCUUGUGCAUCUCAGAAUAUCCAAGCCCUCCCCAUGUCUAACACAGCAACUGCUAGUAGACCACCAAAAGCCUCAUCUGCAUCUCUCACCCAAAGUGGAAUUCAAAAGUGCAAUUUAGUCCAGCCUUCUUUACCAAGAGUGAUGCAAGAUCCCGUUGUCUCUACACCAGCUUCAAUGUACAAGGCAGCCCCAUCACCCUUGAGUAACCAAACAGUGGUUAGAGAGAGGAUGUUUUCUUUUGGCCAAGCUGGAUCUGUUUCUUCUUCUGGCUCUUGUCAAACUUCUGACACCUUGACUGCAAGCAAAAGUGGAGGAACAUCUCCUUCCAAAAGUACAAACGCAGAGGAUUGCAGAGCCAGGGUUUCUAACACAGCACCUUCAGAAAUGGAAAAUAAUGACUCCACUGAGAUUUGUCUUGACUUUCUUCAUACAGAUUGUAAACUGCAAGAACGCUGCAAGAAUAUCCAUUUUCAUCUACCCUACCGAUGGCAGGUGCACAUUGCCAAUAACUGGAAAGAUUUUAAGGAUAUGGAGGAUAUUGAGAAGGCUUAUUGCGACCCAAAUAUCUCUCAAAGUCAUAGCAUCGACUUCCAGAAAAUGACCUUCGGUUAUUUUUCUGUUCGACGUCUCUCUACUCCAUCAACUAUCCAAAAACCUGAUUAUGCCCUGAGCACCGAAUGGCUCUGGUACUGGAAGAAUGAAUUGGACCAGUGGAUUGAAUAUGGAAAAGAGGAGUCUUUAGAAAACAAUUCCAGAGACCUGGAAGUCUUCGCUCAGAUCUAUCCAAUGGGGUCUAUGGAAUUCACGGCGGGCCAUCAUACCUAUCUCCUGAACUUUAAAGAAAUGAUCCAGACAAACCUAUUUUAUCAUACUAAACGGGAAGUCCGAAGGCGGCCUAAAUUUGUGUCCUCUGUGACUGUGUAUUGGACUAAAAAACAAAGAGACCCUCAGCCAGAUCAGAGCAAGACAGUUUCCAUAGAAUUUCCUUCAUACUGGGACCACAUGGCUCUGCCAAAAGUAGGAUAUAAGUUGUUGGAGGUCAGUAGAAUGUCUAAUGAAUAUGUUGUCAUCGAGUUCCGCUUUAAAAGUACUAUGAAAAAUUUUGAAGUUCAGAAGAUAAUGAGGAAUCAGAACCCAAAGCUCUGGAAUGAAUUUCAGAGGAAGAAGAGGAUGAUGUUGAGCAAGGGAGAGGAAAAGAUAUUAUUUCAUGCAGCAGACCCUACCAGGAUGAGUUCAAUUUGCACUUUCAAUUUUGACUACAGUUACCAGUCACUUCAGGAAGCAAAAUAUGGGAAAGGUAUUUACUUUGCAAAGGAUGCCAGCUCUUCCCACAACAAUCAUAAAAGCAGUUCCAAAAAGAAGAUUAUGUUCGUAGCCCAAGUCUUGGUCGGAAUAGUUGCUGAAGGAAAAGAGCCCUCCACUCACCGCCCUCCAGAGCUUACCAUUGUGGACAAUAUAAACAAUCCCUCCAUUUUUGUCAUUUUUGAUCCAUGUCAGAUUUACCCAGAGUAUAUCAUUGAAUAUACCGAUAUUGAUAAAUCCUGUAGCAUUAGCUAGGAAGGAAAAGAAACACGAUCAUACUCCAGAUAAUGAAAUGAUUCUGUUCUUUAGAACCAAGGUGUCUAGAAUAAUGAUGAAACUUUAUGCCCAAGCCCAAUUAUCGGGUACAGAGCAUCUGCUCCCAAGUCUUUGGUUAAUAUGAUUUUCAGUAUUUUCAACAGCAACACCAUGUCUAUUGUUAUUGGCAUGGUUGUCUGAUAACCAUUGCAGCACUACGUCCCUAAUAUAUACUGUAUGGGGCUAAUUUGUGCCUAUGUUAAAGUCAAUUUAAAAUAAUUUGGAAAAUGUUAGAAUAGCAGUUGAGAUAUAGACAUAUAGUCUGAUGUGUUUUAUCCCCGAGAUAUUCCAGCCUUAGUGCUGAGAUCCCAAGGUUUCAAAUUCUGAGAAUGAUUUUUAUUAAAUGUGCUAUUGUAAAUGAAUAGUUAUAACUUCUAUAUACAUGACACAUUAAAAUUUAAAUCUGUGAAUCAGAAAAUAAAAUUCAGAAUGUGUUGGAAAGGGAGAUAAAUAAUCAGGAAAAAUAAUGGAAAAUUUCUUCGAAAAGAUUGCAGCAAAAGGUUAUUACUGAAAAUAAGAGAUAGGAGCCAAGCAUGGUAGUGAACUCAUAUCUUUGCUACGGGGAGGCUGAGGAUAGAGAAUGGUUAGGUAUUGGCACUGAGUUUGGCUUUAAAAUGUGCGCCCCUGAGAGUAAUGGGCAGGGAUUUCUAGGUUGUUAUGGAGGGUGAACUAACCCAGGUCAGAAAUGGAGAUUCUGUACUGAUCUGUAAUGGGGAUUGGAUUUACCAGUAGCCCCCAAACUUCAAAUCUAUAAUAAUGAUAGAUCCAUACUUUAAAAAGACUGAAAGGAAGAAUUCAGUAAAUGGUGGGCAUAGGAGGCAAAUAGAUAAAAACAAGUCAUCUAUACAUGAAUUUUCAAGAGGGAAUUUGAUUAGAUGACUUUUAAACAUCUAAAACAUAGUCAUUAGUCAAACUUCAGAAAUUAUCCUUGAAAAUUAAGAAAUAGAAACAUUUUUCAAUUUUUUAUUAGACAGCAAUAUAGUUAUAAUAUUAAACCAGAGGAUAAAGCCAAGAAAAAAGAGUAUAUAGUAAUGUCACUAAUGAAUAUGAGUAUAAAAUUUUUAGAUAAAAUCCUAGCAAAAAUGAAUCAUAGCAAUAUCUAAAAAAUUACUCAUUGUGAUCAAAUUGGAUUUUUACUAGAGAUAUAAAGAUGGGUCCAAAUAUUAGGAAAUUGGUUAGCGUACUCAUAUCAAAAACUACUUUGAACAACAUGACUGUAUUUAUUUUGCAA